AUGCCUCCUCCGAUUCUCCCCACUUCAAUAUUAACAAUUUCCACCUCCCCUCUCGCCCAAUCCUCGUUUCAAACUUUCGGCACCGCCAUAUCCAGCCCAUUACCAGCAACCCUCACCCGCGCGCCUUCUGCCUCCUCCCUCCCUUCUCUAGCCAACGCUAGUUCCAAUUCAUCCGAUUUCCCUCCUCCCAUCCUCGCCAACCAAUCCACUGCGUUGAAAUACAGCCCCAUCUCCGUAUUCCAGAAUAGCUACAACCAAUGCAAAUGCCCUGAAACCCAAGGAAGCGGGAAGGACGCGGAUCCACGCAUGAGCAUGUUCUCAUGUUUCCCGCGGGCAUUGAGAAGGCGGGGGGCCCAGGGGCGGAAGUUUGCCAGUGGAUGUUUUGACGUUAAGAUUCUGGAGCGACACCCUGAUCGUGGCGCCAUCGUUGCAUGGCCAGACGGCACAGGCUACGGUUGUCAAUGCUCAGGGUUGCAAGGAGCAGGUUCUCAUUCGCGACCCGCCGGAUAUACGGAAUAUGAAAGCGUUCAUUGCGCAUGGUGGCCAAGCGGUGACAUAUGGGACUGGCACGUGGCAUGCGCCAAUGGUGGUGGUGGGAAGGCGUCGGGUUGA